UGAGUUCAGAGAGCUCGACUAAUGCCUGUGAGGCAAGCAAAGAGGAAGAGAAAGGAAUAACACAGUCUGCGUUGCGUAGCAGAUAUGGGGAUGAUUCAUGUUUAAGAGCUUUCCCUCACUCCCACACUUUAGUAAAGAUGUAUUAGAGGAAAAGAGAGAACUGUUAAGAAAAAAAAGUCUAAAGGAGGUUGGGAGGAGUCUUUUUAGAUGUAUUGUUUGUUCUCUUGGAACCUGGUGAGCAGAAGCUCAAGACAGACAGAGCAAAAAGACUCUGUGGACCCUCCAAGUUGUCUGACAGGCACUAUUGGAAAGACGAGACCCAGGGAGAGACAGAGUAGGCUAAAGAGAGAGGGAGAGCAGCACUCCACUCCCCCCUCCCAGCAAAUGGGAGAGCAAGUCUAAAUCAUGUUGCUUAUCACUGCUGUGGUGCUGUGAUGUUGCUCAGGCAGAGCCUGGCGCAGAGGAAGCAGCCGUUCAGACCAGGACCCAGACCCAGGAUUAGCCCAGCCUCCUCAGAGCUGGAGACCCUCUCCCCACCACGUCUUUCGCCCUCGCCCCGUGCCCCGCUCACUGACAUGUACCCUGAAGAGAGCCGGGGGUCUGGAGGGGUUGCUGCUGUGGACUUCCUGGAAGGGACGUAUGACUAUGCCGUCCCCACCCCUGCCCCGACUCCUCUUUACAGCCACUCCACCACUGGCUACUACUCUGGUCCUCUGGACGCCCACGGACCACCCUCUGAUGGCAGUCUCCAGUCUCUGGGCAGUGGGCCGACCAGCCCUCUUGUAUUUGUGCCAUCAAGCCCCAGACUCAGUCCAUUUAUGCAUGCACCCAGUCACCACUAUCUGGAAACCACCUCGACACCCGUCUACAGAUCAAGCCACCAGCCAGCCUCCAGAGAGGACCAGUGUGACACCCGUGACGAGGCAUGCGAUGUGGGGGAGCUGGGAGCUGGAGCUGGGGCAUUUGAGAUGGCCAAAGAGACACGCUUCUGUGCUGUGUGCAGUGACUAUGCGUCUGGGUACCACUAUGGGGUGUGGUCUUGCGAGGGCUGCAAGGCCUUCUUCAAGAGGAGCAUCCAGGGUCACAAUGACUAUAUGUGCCCAGCAACCAAUCAGUGUACCAUUGACAGGAAUCGGAGGAAGAGUUGCCAGGCUUGCCGUCUUAGGAAGUGUUAUGAAGUGGGUAUGAUGAAAGGAGGUGUGCGCAAGGACCGUGGUCGUGUUUUGCGACGUGAUAAGCGACGGAGCGGCAUCAGUGACAGAAAGGCAGCUAAAGGCCUGGAACACAAAACAGCAGCCCACCAUGAUGGGAGGAAACGCAGCAGCACUGCUGUUGAAGGAGGAAAAUCUUCGGUGACCUGCAUGCCUCCUGAGCAGGUGCUCAUCCUGCUCCAGGGUGCUGAACCCCCAAUACUUUGCUCCCGUCAGAAGCUGAGCCGACCCUACACUGAGGUCACCAUGAUGACCCUGCUCACCAGCAUGGCUGACAAGGAGCUGGUUCACAUGAUCGCCUGGGCAAAGAAGCUUCCAGGCUUUCUGCAGCUGUCUCUUCAUGACCAAGUACUGCUGCUUGAGAGCUCAUGGCUGGAGGUGCUGAUGAUCGGGCUUAUUUGGAGGUCCAUCCACUGUCCUGGCAAGCUCAUCUUUGCACAGGACCUCAUACUGGACAGGAAUGAAGGAGACUGUGUUGAGGGCAUGACUGAAAUCUUCGACAUGUUGCUGGCCACUGCUUCCCGCUUCCGGCUGCUCAAACUCAAACCUGAGGAAUUUCUCUGCCUUAAAGCCAUCAUCCUACUCAACUCUGGUGCCUUUUCUUUCUGCACUGGCACAAUGGAGCCCCUUCAUGACAGCACGGCAGUUCAGACCAUGUUGGACACCAUCACCGACGCACUCAUACAUCAUAUCAGCCAAUCGGGAUACUCGGCUCAGCAGCAGGCGAGGAGGCAGGCCCAGCUGCUCCUACUGCUCUCCCACAUCAGGCACAUGAGCAACAAAGGCAUGGAACACCUCUACAGCAUGAAGUGCAAAAACAAAGUGCCGCUUUACGACCUGCUACUGGAGAUGCUUGAUGCUCACCACCUUCACCAACCAGUCAAAUCAGCCCAGUCAGAGACCCUCAGAGAUGCUCCCUUUACCAGCAGCAGCUCCUCCUCAGCUGGUUCCAGUUCAGGACCUCGAGGCAGCCAUGAGAGCCUGAGCAGAGCCCCAUCCGCUCCGAGUGUCUUGCAGUAUGGAGGGUCCUGCUCCGACUGCGCCCACCCACUAUGAGAUGGUCAAUAGCCAUUUUUGUAGAUGGUGUGUGCCGUUUGGGAGUAGAAGUUCAAGCUUAUAUUAGAUUUAAUUUCAUGACAGAAUUAUUUAUGAAUAAGGUAAAAUGACUUUAUAGCUAGAACUGCACUGACUCAGAACAAUCUGAGUUUUGCUGCAGUUAACCUUAUUUACUGCCUUUCAUAAAGUCUGUGAUUCUAAGUUAGUCUUUAACAGCCUUUCAGUACUGCUUUUUAUUUUCAAAGAAGGUCAUAGUUUAGCACCCUGUUAGCUACAGUGAUUUGAAAUGACGAGCAGCUAAUUUUUCUGUGUAUUCGUCUUGACCAAAGUGCACUUCCUCUUGGAUUGAAGGGGCUCAUGGGCAUUAUUUUUACUUUUGCAUAUAAGAGAUGAUUAAACACAAAAUAACUGUUAAAGAAUAAGCAUCAGGUAUUGUGUAUAGUAUGCAUGCUUACAAUUUAACCUUAUUUAAAGGUCUAAUUGAUUUGGGGUUGCCACAAAUGGCAAGAUCAAACCUGACACAGUACUGAUUACAAGUUAAAGGAAGCCAAAAUGAGUUGUUGGGAAACUUUGUGUUAUCCUGCUCUCUGUGUGCAAGUUUGUUCCCUCUGCUUACUUGCAACAUUAUUCUUUAAAUUUAUGUAUAAAAUAUGUCCGUAUUUGUGAGUGUGUGUCCAUGUUUGAUCAGUGUUAUGGCUGAUGACAGACUCAAAGAGAAAGAGAGUUUGGCUGCAUCUGUUAAUUUGAUGCAUAGAUUUUAUUGUCGAUGCAGUUAUUUCAGUCACAUAAAAGCUACAACCUGUAACUCUUCAACUGCAUAACUUUGGCUGGAUUUACUUGUUCUUAAGCUCAAAUAUCACAGCUUGUAUGUUGUUUUUUUUGUUUUGUUUUUUUUAGAAUUGGAUUCAACUUAAUAAAAAAGUUAUCUGAUAUGAAUGUAA